ACGCUGUCAAGUAAAGUGUAACCAAAUAAAACUCCAUAAUAUGUCUAUUUACAUUUAUUUGUUACUGUAUGGACAAAGAUAGCAGAACUGAGAGUGGUGGGGCGGAAUCAGUUUGCUGGGGUGAAAGGCCAUGAGCCACUAACACACACAAAUCUGUGCUAAAAAUAAUAUUUUAAUGUAACAACACAUAACCAUCACUAAUAUUCUCUCUCUCUCUCUCUCUCUCUCUCUCUCUCUGUCUCACACAAACACACACACACACAGACACACACACAUUUAAUGAGGAGCAGCUACUUUAGAGGCAGACUCACUCUUCUCAGCUCAGAACAGCCCAGCAUCUCAAUUCCUCAAAUCUUAGCACUGCCUGCCUCUCUGCUUGUCAUGUCCCACUCUGAAGCUUCGGGAGAUUUUGACCUACGCACCAAGCUGAAGGUGUCCAGGACAGACAUUGCCAUGGUGAUAGACGACCCUUUCCCUCUGCUAUAUGGCUUAGCAGACCACAACAUCAUCCCUGAAUCUCUUCUGAAGGAGACUGUGGAGAGAGGAGAGAGGGAAGGGGUUCAUAAGGCCGUGUACUCGCUCCUUUCCUGGGUUCUCCAGCAGGGCGGGGACACCAUCCAGACAUUCUGGAAGAAUCUCUCCAAGGAGUACAACCAGCAGAGCUACCCCAAACUACAGGCCUUACUCAGCAGAAUUUUCAGAGACCGGAGUGUUUGGGGUUCCAGACAGAGGCACUCUCUCGUGGCCACAGCUGCAGCUCAGGGCAGAGCCAGGAAGAGAAGUGGGAAUGGACAACAGCUGAUUUCCCGCAACAAGAAAAGAGAAGCCCCACCCAGUGCAGUGUCAGCGUUGCAGGAUGGUUGUGAUGGUUCAGAGCAGCAGGAGGAGCCCUGUACUGCAAUAAAGCCGGAGGCAGUAACACACGGUGGCCAGCAGGGGGAACUACUCAGCAGCAGCACAAUUACACGAACUGGAGAUGUUAAUGAUGAUGAGUGCACAGUAUGUAAAGAUGGUGGGGAGCUCAUCUGUUGUGAUGGUUGUCCUCGAGCAUUCCACCUGGGCUGUCUAGAUCCCCCGCUCACCUCUAUACCCAGUGGCAGCUGGCGAUGUGGACAGUGCCAAAGCACUCAGGUGGCGCCUCAGACAACCUCUGCACCUGUGCAGCAAUCUCAGUGGGUGGAGCCUUGCAGCAGUUCCACAGUGGACUUCUCCUUUUUUACGUCACUUUCUGCUGUCAUGGCAACCAGCUGUAGUUCCCACAGCAACACCUCCCAGCAUCCUCCUCAGGGUCUUGGUGAGGGGAGUGUGAGGGUGCUCUGUGGCAUUUGCCACCUUAGCAGUGAUGACAUCAUCACCUGUGUCCAGUGUCACCAGGGAUACCAUGGCCAGUGCCACUUCUCAGGAGGCAGUAGCACAUGCAGAUCCUGUUGCAGUUCCUGGAGUAGAAGAGAGGAACAAACACACACUCUACAGGUUUGUGAUGGAGCAGAACAAGGUGUCUCAGUCAUGAGGAAAGAAGAAAAUGACGCCAUGGCAGGAGAGGUGCAUAUGUGUGUCUGUGCUUCUGUAGACACCAUCCUGCAGUGGGCAUUCCAUAACUUGUCCCGCCCACUCGCUGACUCUCAGGGCUUCUUCCCAUAGUCCUCGGAGGCUGACCACACCCCUCAUGAGACCACACCCACCACCCUCUAGAACAUACAGUAGUCAGUGCGGUUACAUAUACCCAACUGAGGUGUCAGCUUCCUGUACCACAAGUGGGUUCAGGGCCCACAGGGACCCAAGUCUGAGUCAGAUCAACUGACAUCUUCUGCCCAACUCAGACAAGCUCUAAAGUCUGUUUUUCCAAUGCAAUUUUCCAAUGCACUAGUGAAGAUGCUAAAACCGCCAAGAUCUGAAUCAAAACAGCAUGAUGAAGUUAUCUCCCUUGGAAACCAAAAGUGAACUGAGUGUCCAGACCAUGAAGGUAGGAUACAGAACUGAAGAGAGGGAGGAGGUACCAACCCCCCAUUCAUUUCAAUGGCCCAUGCAACGCUAUAGUUACAUCAGCCAAAAAGUUUGAAAUUUACCACAAUCAUCUUUUUCAAAAUGGCUUCCCAUGGGGCUUGUUUCUAACACCAUCUGGAGUUACCCAAUUAGGUGCCACAUUACAGAUGGAGACAAUGCGGAGUACAAUGGUAUGACGUUGAUAAGGAUCAGUGGUUAA